CGCGGAUCCGGCGCUGCGACCCGGCGGCAACAUGCGGCCUCUGACUGAAGAGGAGACCCGCGUGAUGUUUGAGAAGAUGGCGAAAUACAUCGGCGAGAACCUCCAGCUGCUGGUGGACAGGCCGGACGGCACCUACUGUUUCAGGCUGCACAACGACCGGGUGUACUACGUGAGUGAGAAGAUCCUGAAGUUGGCCGCCAACAUCUCCGGGGACAAGCUGGUGUCGCUGGGGACCUGCUUCGGGAAAUUCACCAAGAGUCACAGAUUCCGGUUGCACAUCACAGCCCUGGAUUACCUCGCACCCUAUGCCAAGUAUAAAGUGUGGAUAAAGCCUGGAGCAGAGCAGUCUUUCCUGUAUGGGAACCAUGUGUUGAAAUCGGGACUGGGUCGAAUCACUGAAAAUACUUGCCAGUACCAGGGAGUGGUGGUGUACUCCAUGGCAGACGUCCCUUUGGGUUUUGGGGUGGCAGCAAAGUCUACACAAGACUGCAGGAAAGUAGACCCCAUGGCGAUUGUGGUAUUUCAUCAAGCAGACAUUGGGGAAUAUGUGCGGCAUGAAGAGACAUUGACUUAAAACGAAAUCAUCGCAAGGACUUAUGGCUGUGUGGAAGGGCCUAGCUUUGUUUCCUGUGUCUGUGUAGGCUCCAUCAUCAUGUUGAAUUUUGUCAACACUGUGACUUCUUCAGGGACUUCUUAGUUUAAUAUUCUCACUAUUACGGACGAUGCAGGUUGGAUUCUUAUGCGGAAAUGGCUCAAAAAUAGUGUUUCAGAUCUUUGUGACUAAAAAGAAUACUGUGUUUUAUAUUUGAAUCGGAGGGCUGCUUGUUUUGAGUAACAGGUUCUAAGUCAUUCGAACUGAGGACAAGAAUAGCCAGCUUAUUGUUAUCUGUGAUAACACUAUUUUCCAAACUCCUAAGACCACAAUAGAUUUUCAUUAUUUUUUAAUACCAUGAAAGUUAGAUACUGCCAUAUUAGAAUGGUAGGUCACAUGUGAGAUUUUACAAAUGAAAUUUGGAUAAAGUAAUUUAAUUUUUUCUGCUAAUUUUCUAUAUAGUAGAUGCUGUGUGGUGUGCAAGAAAACCUUGGAUUCAAACCCCAGUUCUGACACCUACCAGCUGUAUGACUUUGGAGGCAUCAUUAAACCUUGAUAAGCUUAUUUUUUUUCUUUCAAAAAACAGCUUUAACCAUCUACCUAAGAAUGGUUUUUAGAAUUACAAAUCAUGUUUGUAAAGCACUUAGCCCGGUGCCUGGCUCAUGUUACAUAUUAAAUGGAAAGAAUUAUUUUUAUAUUGCAUAUACUGGGUAUUUCUGUUACUAAGGAUAGGAUCUCGUGAGUAUAGUUUGAUUAUAUAUCUUGGUUCUUAUUCUUUUUCUUAGAUGUUUAUGGUCCCAGGCUAAUGUUAUUUUCAUCACCGUGAUUUCUUAAAAUGUGAUUUCCCUUACAAACCUUUAUUUACCUGACUGGACUAGACAGAAAGUGCUAAUCAGACACUGAAAUAAUUCAGCUUCUCUAUCCUUGCCCAUGCCUGCCAAAAUUAUUUUUGAAAUUAUUAAAAUGUUUUUUAAAAAUUGAAAAAUUCUACCAAGUUUUAAGAAACUGCCUGUAUUUAAAACAUUUCUUUAAAUACAUUGCUUUUUUUCCUG